AUGAAGAAAUACGGCAGCCAACUUAGUGCAGGCGGACGCAGGCUUGGUCGUCAUUUACCGCGCAUAGCCAGCGGUGACCAAGAGGACGAGCCUGGCCCCGAUAGGCCCGCCGACGAACCUUCACCCCCGGUUCCACCUCUGCCGCCUAGCGAGCGCCGCGAACAGCGCCUCCGCGGCAUCCGCGACCCCGACAGACCUUCCAACGCCGAGGAUGUUGCCGGUGUGUCCGGUCGCCUGAAACUGUCCAAGGACAACCCCAUCAACAACUUCGCCUCGCCCUUACCCUCUAAAGCGCUUGCUGGCGGUGCGCGGUGGGGCUUGUGGGCAGAUGUGCAGCGACAUCUACUGCAGGCGUACGAAUACCUGUGUCACGUCGGAGAGGCGCAGCAGUGGAUGGAGGGGUGCUUGGGGCAGGAGCUGGGAUGGGGUGUGGUGGAGAUGGAUGAGCGGUUGAGGGACGGCGUGGUGUUAGCAAAGCUUGUACGAGUCUUCCAGGGAGAGCAUGCUGUGAGGAAGAUAUACGAGGCGCCCAAACUCGACUUCCGCCAUUCCGACAACAUCAACGCGUUUUUCAACUUCGUGCGCGAAGUGGGACUACCAGAGGGCUUCAUCUUCGAGUUGACGGACCUGUACAACAAGAAGAAUAUUCCCAAGGUCAUCUACUGCAUUCAUGCCCUCAGUCAUUUGCUUGCGCGGCGUGGCCUUGCAGAGCGUAUCGGCAACCUCCUGGGCCAGCUGCAAUUCUCCGACGAACAGCUUCAGCAGACGCACAAGGGUCUGAAGGACUCUGGUGUUCCCAUGCCGAACUUCGGAAACCUUGGACGUGAUUUGGCGAAGGAGUUCAAUGAGGAGCCAGAGGAGGAGCCUGAGACUGAGGAAGAACGUCGUGAUCGCAUGCUGCUUGAGUGCGAAGCCGACAUCGUGAAGUUGCAGGCGCAAGCUCGUGCCGCUCUUGCCAGGCGAGCAGUUCACGACACGGAGCGUCGUACGGCUCUGGCCCAGCGCUACGUCGCCAAGACCCAGGCCAUCUGCCGAGGGUACCUGGCCCGCCGAGAAGCAUCGCAGCAGCGCCAGUCCCGCGCCUCACUGCAGCCGUGGGCAAGAGCUUUGCAAGCCGUCGUCCGCGGUCGUCUCACGCGUGAACGCGUAGGCCAGCGCGUGCAACGCAUCUUCAGCGGCGAGGCUUACGCUGUCAAGAUUCAGGCCCAGAUACGGGGGGUACUCCAGCGCAGGCGCAUGGCGAAGCUGAGGGCCGCGCUGAAGAACCACUUCAAGGUGGUCACGAAGAUUCAGGCCGUCGCCCGUGCCAACCGAGUCCGCCAACACCACGACAGCCUCGCUAUCACCUUCGAGGACCCCAUCGUCGAAGCGUCCAUCGCUUCGGUGCAAGCGCUCGGACGAGGUGUACUUGCGCGCCGGAAGGCCGUUCGCAGGCAGUCGAUGCUCCGGCGCUUUGAGCCCAACUUUGUCGGGUUGCAGGCUCAGUGCCGCGGAGUGCUGAUGCGGCGGCGGGUCCGGAAGCAGAUGGCCAAGCUCGAGGACGUCUCGCAGACAGUGGUACGCAUCCAGGCUGCCGUGCGCACGUACCUUGCGCGUAAGCGGUUGCUUAUCCUCAUUCGUGGUCUGCGCCGAGCGACGCCGGUCAUAGUGGGCUUGCAGGCGAAGGCGCGAGCUAUGCUUGCACGUCAGCAGCAUCAAGACAUGACGCGGUAUCUCGGAGAGGCAAAGACGAUCAAGUCGGUCGGCGGCUUGCAAGCCUUCGCUCGCGCUGCGUUGGCCCGCAAGCGGCACACAGAGCUGCAUCGCACUCUUGAGUUUGUGGCACCUGACGUCGUGGGUCUUCAAGCGCAGAUCCGGGGCGCAAUGGUGCGAUUGGAGUACUAUGCCUGGCGUGACCAUCUCUGGCACAAUGAAACCGUCGCGACGAUCCUUCAGGCUAUGCUGCGCGGCGCCAUGCAGCGGCGCGCCUUCAGUCGAAAGAUGGCGUACUACCGCGAGAACUUGGCGAAGGUCAUCAAGAUACAGUCCCUCGUCCGCGCGAAGGAGACGCGCGAGCAGUAUCGGCAGCUCACGAUGGGCACGAAUGUCACCGUUGGCACUAUCAAGAACUUCGUGCACUUGCUCGACGACUCGGAGGCGGAUUUCCAGGAGGAGCUCAAGGUCGAGCGCCUGCGGAAGCAGGUCGUUGAGGCCAUCCGGGAGAACCAGGCGUUGGAGUACGAUGUCGGGGAGCUGGAUACGCGGAUCGGGCUUCUGGUGGAGAACGCGAAGACCUUUGAGGAUGCGAUGAAGACGCGAAGGGGUCGAGGUGAUUCAGCUGCAUCGCACGCUGCGCGGACAUCUCUGCUGGCGGCGCACGGUGACCCGUUCGCGGGCCCCAGCACGUUGACGCACGACGCGCGCAAGAAGCUAGAGCUGUAUCAGCAGCUUUUCUACCUCCUCCAGACUCAUGGCGAGUACCUCAGCCGGUUAUUCAUCCGGGUGUCGAUGUCCGACUCUGAAGACCACAAGCGCUUUAUCGAGCGCGCGGUGCUCAACAUGUUCGGCUAUGGCCACGAUCGCAGGGAAGACUAUCUUUUGCUGAAGCUGUUCUCGGUCGCCAUCCGCGAACACAUCAUGGAGGCCAGCUCUCUUGAGGAUAUCAUCCACGACCAUCCCAUGUAUCUCAGCGUGGCUGUGCAGUAUGUGCGGCCUAAGCACGCGGUCUAUAUUCGGGACACCUUCCAGGGCGUUGUCCGUGAUGUGGUCGAGUCCGACGACCUCGAUCUGGAGGUUGAUCCUAGCAAGAUCCAUCGGCAACGCAUCACCAUGGAGGAAGAGAAGACCGGAAUAGCAAGUUCUCAGCAGAAGGACCUGCCCUUCCAUGCUGCCCUUGCGGACCCGAAGACCAGAGCGGAGUACAUUCGUCAUUUGCAACAGCUGAACUGGAAGACCGGUGCCUUCGUCAAGGCAAUGUUGGACUCCACGAACAAGAUGCCGUACAGCAUGCGCUAUAUCAUCAGGGAAACCCUUGCCGCCGUUCGCGAGCGCUUCCCGGAUGCGACUGACCAAGAAUGUGUGUCCUGCAUCGCCAGAGUGAUCUUCUACCGCUUCAUCAACCCAGCAAUCAUGGCUCCCGAGACUUUCAAUCUCGUUGAAGACACUCUCGACCUGACAUCACGUCGGAACCUAGGACAAAUCUCUGCGGUCAUUCAGCAGAUCGCGUCCGGCGUGGAGUUCAACGAAGAGUCAGCCAGUUAUGUGGCCAUCAACGGCUAUGUUAGCACGGCCAUCCAACCACUCUCAGCUUGGUUCUUCGAGUUGGCCAAUGUCCCCGAUCCUGAGGUGCAAUAUCAUGCGCAUGAGUUCCUUGAUGCUACGGUUCAACCCAAGCCUAUCUAUAUCUCGCCAAACGAGAUCUACAAGAUACACAAGCUCCUCUCUGACCAUCGCACGCAUCUGAUCAACGCGCCAGCGGAGAAGGACCGCCUCGCAAUUAUUUUGGAGGAGCUCAACGGUGUUCCGUACUCCAGCAAUGCAGCGCUUGACGAGGCGCGCGACAUCGUCAUCACCUUGGAGUUGUCCAAUCGAUGGGCGACUGUUGACGAUACGAAGGCUAUGGAGAAAGCCGAGUGGGUGAAGGCCAAGCGCGCUGUACUCGCCGUGCUCCGUGUGCAGCCCGCUCAAGACCUCAUUACUUCCCUCAUGAAGCCUGUCACCGAGGCGGAUGAGGAGAUGUGGGAGGAUAUCCUCGAGGCUGAGGAGUUGAACGAGCGCCAGACGGCUGCUCAUCCUCGCCAAGCCUCGCAAGCUGCGCAGGAGUACAAGCUUCAAGACAUUCGCCGGCUCGACUUCAAGUCGGUCAAGGCUAUGGCGAUCCAGAGUCUUAUCGAGCUAGAGAAGCAAGAUAAGAUCACUCGCUCGAAUGGCUUUCAGGAGAUCUUGAACGACAUCGCCUACGACGUCCGUAGCAAGCACAGGCGAAGGUUGCAGCGCCAGCAGGAGAUGGAGAACAUGCAGGAGGCCCUCACCCAGCUCGCCGAGCGCAAGGUGCACUUCCAGAAGCAGAUCGACGCCUACAACGACUACAUGAAGGAUGCGCUGAGCACCAUGCAGCGGGGAAAGAAGCAACGUGUUGUCCUGCCGUUCACGAAGCAGUACAAGCACAAGCAGAAUCUCCAGCGCAUGGGCCGGACGCCCAAGUUUGGCUCGUAUCUCUAUACCGCCAAGGAGCUCUACGACCGCCAGAUCAUCCUGUCCAUCGACCAGUACUCCCCUCGGCAGUACGACAAGAUCAAUAUCAUCAUGUCGUCGAAUGACUUCGGUGUCUUUACGCUCGACCUCGAGUCCUCCCUCUUCGGCGUUACCUCGCGCAUCGCCUCGCAGAACCUAUCGAUGUCGGAACUACUCGACGCGAAGUACGAGAACCGGUCGGCAAUCCCCCUCUUCGGUGGGAAGGUCAAGGCGAAUACGGAGAGGCUUCUCUUCCAGAUCAACAAGAAGUUCUACGUCUAA